GAGCGGCGAGUGACAGCUACCCAAUGGGGGCCGCCGGCUCUCCCAUCCUGAGGAGCGGGGGGUGGGGACCUCCCCGCCGCCGCCUGAGGAAUGUCAACUAUUCAACAUGGAGACGGCGGUUACCAAGCUCGAGACCAUGUUCCAGAAGGCAGAAUCUGACCUGGAUUGUAUUCGACACAGACUGGAGUUUGAAAUAUUGAAAGGUCUUCCUGAUGAUCUGGCACCAGAGGAAAAUCCAGUUGCUCUCUUGGAAGAAAUUGCAGUGGUGAAAUCUCGUUACAAAAUGUUGUGUAUGCAGAUGAAAAAAGUUUUCACAGAGCAGAGAGAAUCCAUCAGGAGCAUCUGUGCUGCUCUAGUGAACACAGCGGAGAUAGUUCGGGUGUUAAAGCAACAUGCUGGUCUUGAGUGCUUACCCCUGUCAGCAGAAGAACAGGCUGCAGCACUGCAGUUAACCAGCCAAACUGCUGAAUUGCUAACGGAAGAGGUAAUGAGGCCAAAGCAUGUCUAUAUUCCAGAAACCAUUAAUCCUGAGUGUAGCUCAUCUGAAGUCGGAAGGCCAUCUUAUUCAGAACCUACAAGCACUGCCUCAACUGAAGGUAAAGGAGCACUGUUUUGGAGAUGAACAAGAUGAAUAUGAAAGCCACUGACUCAAGAAUACAAAUCUUGAAAGAGCUGGCUAUUGCGGAACUUGACAAACAAGGAAAUGUUAAAUUGGUUGUGUGAAUAAAGGCUUGGGCCAUGUUCAUUUGA